AAAAAGCAGACGAAAUUCAUGUAAAAUGCGCUGCUGAAACGGUUUUAUAAUUUUUUCGAUGUUUCGUACGAAUUUGUUUUCCGUUUUUGUUAUCAUGGAAGUAUAAAUAUAUUUUUCGUUUCAGGUUUGUUUCAUUGCUCAUACCAUAUUUGGUUUUCUUGGGUAGUUUAUGAGUGAUUGUUAGCAUGUGUACUGAUCAGAUGCAGAUGUAAAGUAAACUGUUAGCAAUUUCAAACAAAUAUAAAAAUAAUGGGAAUCAAAGGAUUGAGCACCUUUUUCUAUCAAAAUCCUCAGUUGUCAGAAAGUUAUCGUCUUCAUGAUACCUUUGUUGUAAUUGAUGGUAACAAUCUGAUGCAUGUUUUAUAUUUUAUGCAUAAAAUUGAAUGCAUCUAUAAUGGAGAAUAUAAUAAGUAUUCGAAAAUGAUUAAAACAUAUUUAUCAGCAUAUCUGGAAUGUAAAAUUACCCCCAUAAUAGUCUUUGAUGGCGGAUAUGAUAAAUCAGAUCGAAAAUUGAAAACUGUAAAGCAAAGAUGUCGAGAUAGAUUGUCUUUGACUCAACACAUUGCUAAAUACGGAAAGUCUACCGGCAGAGUCCUUCCACUUUUAGCCCAAGAAGUUUUUAGAGAAGUUUUAGGCGAAAUGAAUAUUGCUUAUGCUCAAUGUGAUUUUGAAGCUGAUGAACAAUUAUGUGCCCUCGCCAACUAUUACAAAUGUCCUAUCAUUAGCAACGACAGUGAUUUUUACAUUUAUGAUAUUCAAAAAGGAUUCAUUCUUCUAGACUCAGUAGAACCAAUUGUUUGUACUGAUGAAAAUAAUGGAAUAUCUUAUUGCUAUCUUGAUUGUUCUAUUUAUCAUAUUGAUAACUUUCUUAGUCAUUUUCCAGGAAUUGAUAAAAGUGUAUUACCGUUGUUUGGGACCCUUAUUGGAAAUGAUUAUGUAAGUGCUGGUGUGUUUGACGCUUUCUUUUCAAACAUACAGUUGCCAAAGUGUAAGUGUACUAAACUUAAAGUUGCUUAUAAUCAGAAGAAAAUAGUUGGACUUCUUGCUUGGCUGAAGCAUGUAAACUUAAACGAUGGCAUUAAGCAAGUUUUGCAUCAUCUGAAGGAAGAAAAGAGAGCUCGUGUGAAAUCUGCAAUCGACCAUGCAGUUGAGGGAUACAAGAUGCAAACGCCCAAUAUAAUUUAUGCUAUUGAAGGAAGAUUAAAUAAUGCUGUAUGUGAUAUGCCUUUAAGUACAGAUUUAAAAGCGCCAUGCGGUACUUUUCUGUCAGUUAAUUUCGCUUUCCAAUUUCAUCACGGACACUUUCCUCCAUUCUUUUUAAAUGUCAUCAAUUUACACAGAGCAUUUUUGCCUUCCCAAGUUGAAAAUGUUUCGUUGGAAAGUAGUUUUGCAUGCUCUCGUUUCGUGCGACAGGUACUUUAUGGGAUUUUAUUGAAGCAUGAUUCUGCGUGUGAGUCGGAAAGCUGUCUCCGAGGCAUUGACGAAUAUGAUCGUCGCAAUGGAAACCUGUGCCGAGAAAAUGUCAAUGCUGUUUUUAGCUUGAGAGACUACGGUAGGUUGCCUGCGUUAAAUGAACUAGACCAAUUUGAGAGGAAGAAAGGAAAGAAAAUUUUACUAGAAACUUUAAACGUUCAGAAGCAUUUUAUCUCUUUGUUUCCUGCGUUCUGGAAACUUUUGUUUGGAUCUCUAAGUUAUUGGCUCAACAGCUGUUCACCUAAGCCAAAAGAAGAAAUCAUCUAUGCUAUCAUCUUGAAUGUAUUAUAUUUUUCCUUGAUAAAGCCCUCGUAUUUUAAGAAUGUCAAUUUUAUUGAAUAUUGUCAAAAUGAAAAGCGCAGGAACACUUCUAACAUAUGUAAUCACGUUGCGAAACUCAACGAAUCCGACUUAGACAAGGUCAAACAGAAUCUUAAGAAAUAUAUUAAGAAACCUGUGUUUAACAAUGGAAAUCCGUUGCUGAUCAACAUUGUCCACAAUUUUAGCCAACUGCAGUCGUGCAUUUUAUAUUGUGUGUAUUUAAAUAAAUUGUUGAAUUCUCCACUUAAAUGUCCUACGAUUCAUAUGACAUUCAACGGCACGAUGUUGUAUAACUUAACAAAGGAAAUCAUGAUCCGCCCUUUUCCGGAUUUAUUUGUAUCUGAACUUUUAGGCAGAGACUCUGUUUUGGACAAUCUCUUCCAAUCACUAAAGCAAGCAAUAAUUGAUAAUGUGCCUGGCGAAUGCUUAAUAAAAAGCGAUCAUUCAGAACUUUCCAAAAAAAGAAAGAAAAUGAAGAAACCUGAAAAAUCGUCUUGUUUUGUUACAGAAGAUUGUACAGAAGAAGCUGUAAUGAGUAACAAGUUUGUUCAUUUAAAUUCCCUAACUGAGGAAGAAAAUAUUGAUUUUUAA